AAUAACAAACAAACUGACGUUAACAAGGCAUACUACCUGUCAGCCACAUUCUGCUAUUCUGUAAACAUUUUAUUUUAUUUUUUGCCCAAUAUAUUAAAUGUGUUGAAAGAUUAAGAUAUGUGUUGAAAAUAUUAAGAGAAGGAAUAUUAAAAACAAUACACGCUUUAGAAGACAAUGGAUGACUUAAACCCACUUGCCGGUACAGCGCAUCUACUCGAAGAGGUGGACAAAAAGCUGAUGGUAUUGCUGCGUGAUGGACGCACACUCAUUGGUUACUUGCGUUCCGUGGAUCAAUUUGCGAAUUUAGUGCUGCACCGAACAAUCGAACGUAUUCACGUAGGCAAUGAAUACGGCGAUAUACCGCGCGGAGUUUUUAUCAUACGUGGAGAAAAUGUUGUGUUGUUGGGCGAAAUUGAUCGCGAAAAAGAAUCCAAAUUGCCGCUGAAAGAGAUAUCAGUCGAUGAAAUUCUGGAUGCACAACGUAGAGAACAAGAACAAAGGCAAGAGAAACAUCGACUUAUAUCGAAAGCGUUGAAGGAACGUGGCUUAGCGGUUAAUACAGAUAUAAUCAAUGAGGAUUUUUGUUAAGUUAUUAACUUCACAAUAUAAUUAUAAAUUAAAAAUAUAUGUUUUCAAGGAAUUUUUAAAAAAUGUAAAUGUUUGUUAUAAUUUUGGAAGCAAACUAAAAUAUAUGAAACUAAAAUGUGAAUGUAAUCAUACCAGAAAUAACAUUAAAUUUUUGAUGCCAAUACAUACAU